UCUCAACAAGUGUUAAUCAAAACAUUUCAAGCUCAUCAGAAUACUCGUCGUAACUCUCCUCACCACCUGGCAAAUGACGCGGCUGCGUAUCUACAGGAAUCAGUUUGCGGAGUCACCAAAUCGACUUCUUCGACGACUCGCUUGCGCGGGGUGGUCAAGUCGAUUACUUCUGGGGUGAUUUUGCGCUGCGGUGAACUGGAUUUCGUGGUCACUGGUAGCGUGUUGUCCAAAGAGGGACUCGAAGCAUCUUGGUGCUUCAACAAUGACGCGGUUGAGCUGGCAGUCGACCAAGAGCUGUCAUCGAGAACCGCUAAAUUUUCAAUCACCAGUUGCUUGCCAAUAUCAAUAUCCUGUGUCAACACAUGGAAUAGGAGAGCCUUCUCUUCGACUAGUCCCUUGACUAAUGACUCGCUCCUUGAAGCCACGAACUUUGGCAAUAAGAACUUUCCACUGAGCGACCCAAGAUAAAUCACCAAACCUAUCACAAGCUUCGUCACUCCACUCAUAUCCAUUUCUGA